AUGGCCCAGACCCUUCAGAUGGAGAUUCCCAACUUUGGGAACAGCAUCCUGGAGUGCCUGAACGAGCAGCGGCUGCAGGGACUGUUCUGCGACGUCUCGGUGGUGGUGAAGGGUCACGCGUUCAAGGCUCACCGCGCCGUCCUGGCCGCCAGCAGCUCCUACUUCCGGGACCUGUUCCACAGCUCCAAGAGCUCCGUGGUGGAACUUCCGGCCGCUGUCCAGCCCCAGUCCUUCCAGCAGAUCCUCAGCUUCUGCUACACCGGUCGCCUCAGCAUGAACGUGGGCGACCAGUUCCUGCUCAUGUACACGGCCGGCUUCCUGCAGAUCCAGGAGAUCAUGGAGAAAGGCACCGAGUUCUUCCUCAAGGUCAGGCCCACGAGGGCAUGGGAGAGGGGCUAG